ACAUUAUCAGCUAUCUUUGCAACAUCUACCACGUGGCUGACGGCUACUAACCACUCAUCUGCUAUCCUUCACCAUUCCCCAGUUUCCAUGCGAAAGACAAGAGAUGCAAUAACACAGCCCAAAGACAUUACUACAACCAAAGUGGCUGCUUGCAAUUUGGUCUUUGCUUUGAAUUACAAUCUGCACUUGUGAGCAUGGAGACUGGCAUAGCGUGCUAUACUCGUGGGGCAUUCUUGCCUAGUACACUUCCUUCUCAGCAUUCAACUGCUCUAGUAUCUCCACCAUCCAUCUCUUCAUCUUUCAGCUCCUGGAGUUUGAAAUCAAGCUCACUCUUUGGAGAAUCAUUAAGAGUGGUGCCAAAAUCAUCACUGAAAGUUUCCAAGACAAAGAACUCUUCCCUCGUAACAAGAUGCGAAAUCGGCGAUAGCUUGGAAGAGUUCCUUGCAAAGGCUACCCCAGAUAAGGGACUAAUCAGGUUGAUGACGUGCAUGGGAGAAGCAUUAAGGACCAUAUCUUUCAAAGUGAGGACAGCUUCUUGUGGAGGAACAGCAUGUGUGAAUUCCUUUGGAGACGAACAGCUUGCUGUGGAUAUGCUAGCCGACAAACUUCUUUUUGAGGCCUUAACUUACUCGCACUUCUGCAAGUAUGCUUGCUCUGAAGAAGUUCCUGAACUCCAAGACAUGGGAGGCCCGGUUGAAGGUGGAUUUAGUGUUGCUUUUGAUCCACUUGAUGGCUCCAGUAUUGUGGACACAAAUUUUACAGUAGGCACCAUCUUUGGGGUGUGGCCUGGAGACAAGCUAACUGGGGUGACAGGAAGAGAUCAAGUCGCUUCAGCCAUGGGCAUUUAUGGUCCCAGAACUACAUAUGUUCUUGCUCUUAAAGGCUUUCCCGGCACCCACGAGUUCCUUCUUCUCGAUGAAGGAAAAUGGCAACAUGUGAAGGAGACAACAGAAAUUGGUGAAGGAAAGCUAUUCUCCCCUGGAAACUUGAGGGCCACAUUUGACAACCCUGACUACAACAAGCUGAUCAACUAUUAUGUAAACGAGAAGUACACGUUGAGGUACACCGGAGGAAUGGUGCCGGAUGUUAACCAGAUUAUCGUGAAAGAAAAGGGUAUCUUCACCAAUGUGAUUUCCCCAUCUACCAAAGCCAAGCUGAGACUAUUAUUUGAGGUAGCCCCUUUGGGAUUACUGGUUGAGAAUGCUGGAGGUUACAGCAGUGAUGGCCAUCAAUCUGUACUAGACAAAGUGAUCAACAAUCUUGACGACAGAACCCAAGUUGCUUAUGGAUCCAAGAAUGAGAUUGUCCGAUUCGAAAAAACUCUAUAUGGAUCCUCCAGGCUUGAGGCUGGGGUGCCUGUUGGAGCUGCUGCAUAAGUGAAAUAGUAUUGUUUUUGGUUGUUAAUUUUGAACCAAGUUUAAGCCAUUCCGUAUGAGUGGGUCUUCUACGAGUGAAAUACUCAACCUAUGGUGAGACUUUGGAAAUUGAAGGUUGAAUUCCUGUGAAACAACAAUAACACUAGCUGAAAAUUAUUGCUAA